AUGAUGUUCACCACAAACUGUGUGGAAAAGCCGAUCCGAUCUUGUCUGGAACGACUUGGAAGGUUUGUAGGACAGCAUCCUGGGUGGUUCAUCAUCAUCCCGCUUUUUCUUUCUGUGACUUUCGGCGUCGGAUUUUACUUUCUCGAGGACAGAAAGUCUAACGACAUCGUGGUGCAGUUCACACCGCGUGACGGCCAUGCGAAGAUCGAGAAGCAAUUCUUCGAGACCUAUUUCAGACCCGGCAAAGAUGAAGAAGAGGAGGAUGAUGACGACGAGGAUGACUAUGACUUGUUCUCCACUCUCAGGUUGACCACCGAUGGCUCAUAUGCGUCUGUAAUCUUCACAUCUGAAAUGAACGCCAUCAGUGCGGAUGCACUUGAAGAAAUCCUACACGUGGACACCCAGGUUAAAACGAUGACCGCGCGGUUUGGAGGUGAAGAAUUUUCCUACACUGAUGUCUGUGCUGGAGGGAAAAACUCCUGUCAUGAUAACACACUCCUCAAGCUUCUGGACUACAAUGCCAGUCGCAUCGAGGUGCUUAACCUGAUGUUUCCGGUGCACCGGGACUCCAGAUUGGGUCCGGUCCAUCUGGGACAUUUAAUCGGACGAGUGGGGGUGGAUGAGAAUGGAACGGUUCAGCGUGCCAAAGCAGUGAGACUCUUUUACUACCUGCGACAGGUGAACAGCUCACUGGAGGACGCUUGGCUGAAUGAAUUUGUGAGUUUGUUGAGUAAUAAAACCACGUCCGUCACUCAGGUGUCUUAUUUCACGUCCAUAUCGAGACAGCAGGAAUUUGAGAAGAGCACCGAGUCCGUCACACAGCUUUUCUCCAUCACCUACUGCAUCGCCAUCCUGUUCUCAGUUCUCUCCUGUAUCAGGCUGGACAGUGUGAGGAAUAAAGUGUGGGUGGCGUUUCUCGGCGUCGUCUCAACAGGGUUAGCCGUGCUCUCCAGCUUCGGAUUACUGUUACUCCUGGAUGUCCCGUUCGUCAUAACCGUGGCAUCAUCUCCGUUCCUGGUGCUUGGGAUCGGCAUGGACGACAUGUUCAUCAUGAUCUCCUGCUGGCAGCAGACUGCGGUCCAGGACGGCGUACCGGAGCGCCUGGCUGCCACCUACAGAGAGGCUGCCAUCUCCAUCACCAUCACCACCCUGACAGACGUGCUGGCUUUUUAUCUGAGUUACGGCAACCCCUUCCCAUCGGUCCAGUCCUUCUGCCUGUACGCGGGCUCGGCUAUCCUGUUCUGCUACCUUUACAAUAUCAGCUUCUUCGGCGCGUGUCUGGCGCUGAACGGCGAGCGUGAGGAAAGUAACCGACACUGGUGGACGUGCAUGAAGGUUCCUGAGGAACGUCCGGCCGGAGCGUCGAAAGGUUACGUCGUGUGUUGUGUCGGAGGAGCCUACGACGGUGAAACCGGCACCGAGAAGGAACAUUGGAUGACCAUGUUCUUCAGGAAAUUCUACGGACCAGUUCUGACCUCAGGUCUGACCAAAGCGCUGGUCGUCAGUCUUUACCUCGGCUACGUUUCCGUCAGCGUCUACGGAUGCACCACGAUGAAGGAAGGAAUCGACCUGAAGAAUCUGGCGGUCGAUCAGUCGUACGUCGUUAAAUACUACGAAGACGAGCACACGUUCUUCGGGGAAUACGGUCCGAACGUUAUGUUAGCGCUAAACGGUACGUUUCAGUACUGGAAUCGAAGUGAACGAGCUCAGCUCGAAUCCUGUAUCAGAGAAUUCCAGGAUCUUCCUUUCGUCGGCGGCUUGACGACGUCGUGGCUUCAUUCUUUUGAGCGUUACGCUCGCGGGAAUGACCUGGACGUCAGCUCAGAGGUCGAUUUCAUGGAGCAUCUCUACGUUUUCCUUCACCGCAAUCCAGUUUUUAGUUUGGAUGUCAGCUUGGCCAACGAUACCCUCCUCGCUUCACGUUUAUUUCUCCAAACCGUCAACGUAUCCUCUGAGAAGACGAUGCUAGAGUCGUUAAGGAAAACCGCCCAAAGCUGCCCGCUCCCCCUUGUGGUGUACCAUCCGGCAUUUAUUUAUUACGACCAGUAUACCAUCAUAACAAGCAACACUAUUCAGACUGUCAGCAUAGCGACUGGAGUUAUGCUAAUCGUCGCUCUCAUUCUCAUCCCGAGCCCGGUCUGUGCCCUGUGGGUCACGUUCGCCAUCGCAUCAGUCAUCGUAGGAGUCGCGGGCUUCAUGGCGCUACUGGGUAUCGACCUGGACUCCAUUUCCAUGAUCAACCUGGUCAUCAGCAUCGGCUUCUCCGUGGAUUUCUCAGCGCACAUCUCAUACGCGUUCGUCUCCAGCGGUAAGCCUAGUGCUAACGAGAAGGCAGUGGAUGCCCUGGCACAUCUGGGGUAUCCCAUACUCCAAGGGGCACUUUCUACCAUCCUGGGGGUGGUGGUGCUCUCAGCGUCAGUAAGCUACAUCUUCAGGACCUUUUUCACCAUCAUGUUUCUGGUCAUCUCGUUCGGGCUGCUGCACGGGGUCGUGUUUAUCCCCGUGUUCUUAACCCUCACUGGAUUUUGUACUAAGUGA